UCUCUCUCCGUCUCUCUCUCUCUCUCUCUCUGUUGUUGUUUGUUGAUUAUGUCUCUGUCUCUGUUUCUCUCUCUACAUAGGUUUUUCUUUUUUGAAUUCCACGAGGCACUAUUGUCAAUUUUUCCAAGAAACUCAGUAAAGAAGGAGCACGGAAGGCUUCUCUCUACAGAAAUAGAGAUCUGAGCUGAGAUUCCGACACCCUUUUUCUUCCUCUAGCCUUUCCCGACUUCAGUCCCCAGAGCAAAUGGCAGAAGCUGUCCAUCACCUCGGCCAGCAUGACUCCCUCAUCAUAAAGCCUCUAAAGAAGACAUCUCCUCUAUUAUAUAGGAUGAUCUUGUUGGUAUUUGCGAUGAUAUGCGGGAUAUAUAUAGUGUCCUUUUGCAUAAAGCAGAUAAGCAGGAGUAUGAUUGAUGAUGUUCAGAUCAUCAAGAUGCCUUUUCCUCAAAAUGCCACCAUAGAGUCGACGGUUCCAUUGGUGCAUUACCCUAGGCCUAAAACUUUCAACAGGUCUGAAUGUGCUCAAAAUCCCGUGCGAUUCUUUGCGAUAUUAUCCAUGCAAAGAUCGGGUAGUGGGUGGUUUGAGGCGCUCUUAAACAGUCACAUGAACCUAAGCUCUAAUGGGGAGAUAUUUUCUUCUCUGGAAAGGAGAAAAAAUAUUUCAUCGAUCAUACAGACUCUUGACAAAGUUUACAACUUGGACUGGUUCAGUAGUGCUUCAAAGAAUGAGUGCUCUGCUGCAGUCGGCUUCAAGUGGAUGUUCAAUCAGGGAUUGAUUCAGCACCACAAAGAGAUAGCGGAGUACUUCAAUCAGAGAGGUGUUUCGGCGAUAUUUCUAUUCCGAAGAAACCUAUUGCGCCGCAUGGUUUCAGUGCUAGCGAACUCCUAUGAUCGUUUCGCAAAGCUAUUGAAUGGGACUCACAAAUCCCAUGUUCAUAGUGAAGAAGAGGCGAGUAUGCUUUCCACGUACAAGCCUGUGAUCAAUUCAACGUCACUGAUAAAUGAUCUGAAGGAAAUGGAGGAAACGGUUGCAAGGGCAUUGACCUAUUUCAACAGCACAAGACACAUUGUUCUCUAUUAUGAGGACAUUGUCCAGGACAAAACUAAACUAAAAGAAGUCCUAGAGUUUCUUAAGGUUCCAGUGAGGGAACUGAUGACCCGCCAAGUGAAAAUCCAUAAGGGGCCGUUGUUGGACCUCAUCUCAAACUGGGAUGAAGUCCACCGAUCCCUUAAUGGGACCGCCUACGAGAGUUUCAUCAACAACCCAGACUAUUAAUUUAAUGGAAGUCGAUCGCCGCUCUGCUGACUUUGCUUUGUGAAGCCCGUGUACAUACUCGAGACCAGACAACUAACACCACCAGCUCAAGUGAAGAUUUGGUUCCAGUUUUUGCAAGCUUACUCCCAUCAUUCAACUCCUUGUUGAGGUUUGGUCAAAGGUUGUUUCUCAAUCAACGGCUUGUUGAAGCGGAUACGCCUUUGUACUCUCUUUCCGUUUGUUGUAUAUGGGACUGUCAAAGGGUUUGAAGCAAUGUAACUUUUGCCGACGGACAUUAUCAAAGCCAAUAGGGAUUAGGGAAUCAAUAACAUGGAUAGUUCACGUAAGUGAAUCAUGUUGUGUAUUUCUCUCCAAUCAAUGCAUUUUGUUUGUAUGUUUCGAUGAAA